AUGGAUUACUUCCAGACCAUGGAUUACUUUUCCGAUGGCUCUGUAUCCAAAGCCAUCACCGUGAGCAUUCCAGUACGCCCCGACGUGCCACAGGCACGCUGGUUGCUGGGGUGGUUCGGCACCUUGGAGAUUUUCUGGGCCGUGGCCUUUGAGACGACGCUCCUGGGGUCGAUGGCCCGUGCAGGCCUGCUCAGUGUUGCUUGGAUGCAAGGGGCGUCUGGUGUGGGGGCGAAAGAGUUGGUCACCGAGUUGGACGUGACCUGCGUGACGGACCGGCCAACCGUCGAGUCUGAACAUUAUAUGUUGAUGUUCGCGUGCCACUGCGAGACCAUCUUGGCUGAUGAAGCCCGCGAGUUACAGGGCGUGGUGGGGUGUUACCACUAG